AUGCAGAGAGCAAGAGAGAACAAGUUAGGUGGCGUGAAACUAAAGUCACUAUCCCGUCAAGCGCCAAGUGCUUCAAGCAAAGAAGACUCCUCCAACUCUGAUGUUGAUGUUGUUGGAUUGGAUGAUGAAGAUUUGAAUGCUAACAAACAAGAGUCCCAAAUUUACUCUUGCAUGGAAGGUCAACUUAUUGCAGCUUCAUCAGUUUCAAGCCUAGGCAACAGGAGCUUUGCGUAUAGUGAAGAUAUUAUUGAUUUAACAAGUGAUUCUGAAGACAUAGACCUCAACCAUGGUCACAGUGGCUACACCUGUUCUAAUAAUCAAGCUGAUAUUAUUGAAAUUGAUAGUGAUUCUGAUGGGCCUGACCACUAUGCUAACAUUACCAAUAAUGAAUAUUCCCAGUAUUCAAAUUCAAAAGAUACCGUAAAGACAGAAAGUUGCACUGAAUGGAUCCCAUGCCUCAAUACUUUGGAUCACAAUGAACUCAUGAUCCUCAGCACAUGCAUUGAAGCAUGGGAACCGGCUAUCAAUUGGGAAGCUCAGAGCAAUCACAAUCCUCUCUGGGACGUUCUACAUAGCCCACUUAUGGCUUCACCAGAAAGCCUUGCCCAGCUGCUGACACAACAAAGCAUGAUCUGGACCCAUAAUCUGGCUCCCCAAAUCAUCCUGAUUCCAAUUGUUGACCAUAAGGCUAUGCAUUGCUACCUUUGGUAUGGAAAGGUCAUCCACAAUUCCAUACUUAACAAGCUUGAUCUCUCUCUGCAACUCCUUGACUUGUUACCAAACCCUGGAUCUUCCAAAUUCAAUUGUCAAUUUGUCUUUGUCAAGAAGCUUGUAAAUUACAUGCUGCCACACAUCAACGGGAGCAUUAAAGGUAGCUUGAUGGAUUUACCAUACUAUUGUCAACGCCCUGGUAGUGCAGACUGUGGCUAUUUUGUGUGUCAAGCAGUAUUGGCUUUGACAAUGAACCAUGAACGCGCACUGGAUGACUUGAUUGGUAUCACUGAGAUCAAGGGCCAGGUAUUCCAAAUCUUACAGGACUGUAAAGAUGGAGCAUUACAAAAUCUUUCUGAUGGCUACAUCCCGCAUUCCUCCAUUGUGCUUCACAAAUCGUCCACUAUUGCGCCCCCACCCUGGCUUGGGACUCUUGAUCAGACAGCUAACAAUCAUUCAGACCCCAAUAGCAAGAAGAAACAAACCUGGAAUGUGCCUCAAAUAGUUCGAUCACUCUCAGAGCCAAGUGAGGAUAUUCCACCUGAGGGACUCUCUGGAGGUUGGAACAAAGUUUUUGGGGAACAAAUGGAGAGAAGAUUUGCAACGUUAUCAGAUACCUCAAGGAAUGCUUUAUGGUGUGGGUGGUCAGCUCCCCCAAAGUUCGAUGAAGGCCCUCCUUUGGAAGAUGAUAAUACAGAAGAGGUUUCCUGGUUACCUGGAGAUCACGUUCAAUUGGACUUGGAUAGUGACUCCCUUGAAGAACCCAAUAACAGUCUGGCUGUGCCACGCUUUUUGAAAUCUCUACCCUACCUUGGAAGUGAAGAUGAUCAAAACAAGGCCUUGUUAACUGGCUGUCACAAAAGGCGCCCACUCAGGCUCAACUGGGCCAGGGACCCAUUGCCUAUUGAGCCUGAGAGUCUCACAGCUGGCCUUACUGUUGACUCAUUAUCCCUCACAGUGAAGAGCCCUCAGUUUACCUCAAAUAUUUCUUUGCAUGUAACAAAACUAAGUCAUAUUCCCAACUUCACUUGGGGCCAUGUGGGCAGUGCCAAUCCUUUCCGGAUCAACGUGUUUUUCCCAAACUAUGAGAAAGGCAAAAACGCUGGUGGUCGUUAUAUUACAAUGCUCAAUGCUCAGGAUUGCUCUCUAUGGUACACAGAAGUUGUCCGUCAAGCCAUCAUGCAAGCAGAAAUGCGGUGCGCACCCCAACUCCGUCAUGCAGUCACUUCCCUUCAACAAGAACUUCCUGUUACCUACUCUAAUGCUGAAUCACUUGUAAAUGGUGGGAGCCAGGGAAGGCUCCACAGGGAAUAUCCAGUAUGCCAUGAAGUCUUCAACAUCAUUGCGCUUCUUGCCAGGGAAAUAGUGGAAAACACAAGAAGGCUGGCCAAAUUUAAGGGCUUUUUCUUUCAUAUCUGGGGCAGUGGUUUGAAGUCCUUAGGGCAUCAAAUUCCUAAUGAGAGGGGAUCUGCAUUGCUUUGUAUCUUCAAAGAAUAUCCUUUUGUUGAUUGGAGUCUUCAAAACCCUCAAGACAUUGUGGUGGACAUUGGCCUAGAAAUCAACAUCAAGCAAGAGGAACUCUCAUUGGAUACAAACAACUUGACAUUGCUAUGGAAACUCAGUGUUCUCAAACAGCUUAUUUGGCCUGCUUGGCGUAAAGGACAUGUCAACUCCUACAUGCACUCCCGUGUUGUGGCAGGACUUUCUGCAGCUCCGCGUAGCCUUAUAAGCCACUCUUUUUACUAUUCCCACGCAUACAUGAAGGACAAGGUUGUCACCUACCGUCAUUGUGACAGCAGUAUUGGGAUUGGCUUCUCACCCAAGGAUGGUCUGAACAACACGGACCAAUACAAUAAUGAGAUUGCCAAGUUGACAAAAGGAUGGACCCAGAGCACAGGCUGUUAUGGAGUGCAAUUAGAAUGGCGGUGUGGAAUCUGGGCAUCAGAACAGAUAUUGAGGCUAGACCCAUCCUUGUGGGUGCAACGUUUCCUGAUGAAAGGCGCUAUUCUUGCAUUCAAAACUCAUCAUGUGGUUCAGCUCAAAGUCACAUUUCUCAGGGCCUAUGACUAUUUCUUUUGUAGGGUACAAGUUUUGCCAGCCCCACAGCGCAGAAGUGAAGAGGUUCUUCUGCUUGCUGCAGUCCUUCAUUACCUUAUGCAUGGACUAGUAAAGCGCCCAGAUGAGAUGAGCUCUAGUUGUUACAUGGCAAAGGGUCUUGGAAUUCUUUCCAGGGCUAUGUCUUAUGGGUUUGCUUCAUUCACUGAGUACAAGAUCCUUCAAUACUCAGCUUGCCAUACCCCUGCUGGAGCUUGUCUCAAGCCAACCCUUUCAUUAUCCAAGACUGAUCAAUUUAUCAUUCGGGCACUUGAAAACAUGCAGCAGAAGAAUGCAGCCAAACGGGUAAUGCAUACUGGGAAAAAGCUGAUCCAAAAGUCAAACAACCCAACUACACCAAGCAAUUCAGCUCCUCGCCAACUGACAACAGAGACUGAAGAUUUUGUCUUUUUUGAUCACUUAAUCAAUGAAGACCUUUCUGGUUGGCUUUGGUCAAAGUUCCCCAUCCAGGAUCAAACAGAGGCGCCAAAUUUGCGGAGCUUUGAAGGUCCAUUUCAGCUGAAACUAUGGAAAAAUUCAGUUGGUCCUGGAGUUAAGUGCAAGAGCCGUAUUUCUCGGGCAGGGUUCCAGAAUGUUAUUUCUCAACUAUUCCCUGAUGAUUGGGUCAUGAAGGACCGUGGGCAGAUGUGGGAUUCAUAUCAAGCAGUUGUUUUGGACCCCAUCAUAAAACGGCUUGAACAGGAAGACAAAGCCAAUCGUGCCACCCGUGCCAGUGGGUGA